AUGGCUGAAGCUCUUGUUUCCAUAGCCUUGGAACAGCUGGCUUCAUUCAUUCAUCAACAGGCGACAGAAGGGAUAAGCUUGCUUGUGGGUGCUAAGCAAGAAGUUGAGAAGCUUCAAAGCAAUUUCCGGGCAAUUCAAGCUGUGCUGGCUGAUGCUGAGAUCCGCCAAGUGAAGGAGAACGCUGUGAGAGAUUGGUUAGACAAGCUCAAAGACGUGUCCUAUGACAUAGAUGAUGUCUUGGACGAGUUGAACACGAAGUUUCUGAAAUUACAAAUUAAAAGAGCUGAACAUGCUUCUAAGCCUCUGAAAAAGGUAUGUUCCGUCGUUCUCCAUUAUCUUGUUGGUAAGCCAUUGCUUAUGCGUUGUAAAAUUGUUAUCAAUAUAAAAUAUCUUGGUAGAAAACUUGAUAUUGUUGUUGAGGAGAGAGAGAGAUUCCACUUUAGACCAAUCGCCGAGGGUAGCAAAGAAGUAGAACGGCAAAUCACCACCUCCGCUAUUGAUUUAGAAGAGGUUCGUGGAAGAGAUAAUGAUAAGAAUUCACUAGUCGAUUUGCUCUUGAGUCAAAGUAGUCAACAACAAGUCCUCCCCAUAAUCUCGAUAGUAGGGAUGGGAGGAAUCGGCAAGACAACGCUUGCUCGAUUAGCUUUUAAUGAUGAUAAGGUGAACACACAUUUUGAUAAAAAAAUAUGGGUGUGUGUUUCUGAGCCUUUCAAUGAGCUUAGGGUUGCAAAAGCAAUCCUUGAAUCUCUCACAAGUAGUCCAUCACAAUUAGUUGAAUUAGAAACUGUAAUGCAAAAAAUAGGCAGACAAAUUGAAAGAAAAAAGUUUCUUCUUGUCUUAGAUGAUGUAUGGACUGAAAAUUAUGAAAAUUGGGAAAAUUUAAAACGCACUCUCAAAUGUGGAUCUCUAGAAAGUAGAAUUUUGGUGACCACACGUAAGGAGAUUGUUGCAAAUGUCAUUGGAACCACCAAAAUAAUCUCACUAGGGGUACUAUCGGAGGAUGAAUGUUGGUCUUUGUUUAGUCAACUUGCAAUUUUUGAAGCAACCAAUAAAGAGUUUGAAGAAAUCGGUAAAAAAAUUGUUAAAAAGUGUAAAGGUUUGCCUCUUGCUGUAAAGACUUUAGGUAGUCUUUUGCACUUUAAAAGAAAAUUUGAAGAGUGGGAAAAUGUCUUAAAUAGUGAAAUAUGGGAAUUAGAAGUGGUAGAAGAAAGGAUUUUUCCACCUCUUUUAUUUAGCUACUAUGAUUUGUCCUCUAUAUUGAAGAAGUGUUUCUCAUAUUGUGCUAUUUUUCCAAAGGACUAUGUAAUAUGGAAGGAUGAAUUGAUCAAGUUAUGGAUGGCUCAAGGUUAUCUAAAGUCAAAGGCAAACAAAGAUAUGGAGUUAGUUGGUGAAGAAUAUUUUGAAAACUUAGCAAUGCGUUCUUUGUUUCAAGAUUUUAAAAGAAGUGAAUAUGAUGGUAGUAUUAUAGGAUGCAAGAUGCAUGAUAUAGUGCAUGACUUAGUUCAAUUUCUUUCAAAGAAUGAAUGUUUUGCAAUAGAAGUUGAGAGUGGUGCAAGUCCUCAAUCAGAUAUUUCUUAUGAAAGGGUUCGACAUUUAUACGCAAGAAGUAGUAGUUCAAUUCCUAGAUCUAUUCUUAAUCCAAAAAAAUUGCAUAGCUUUGUAGUUGAGAGGGCAUACUUUUAUGAAACAGACUUAUCUAGAUAUUUUGAGCAAUUAACAUGCCUGAGGACAUUAAAUCUAUGUAAUUGUUACGGUUUUUAUAAAAUUCCAAAAGGAAUAAAAUAUUUAGUGCAUUUGAGGUACCUUAAGUUGAAUUGGAAUGAUGAUAUAGAAACAUUGCCUGAGGUAUUGUGUGAUUUAUAUAAUCUACAAACCUUGGAUGUCACUGAUUGUGGAAAACUUAGAAAGCUACCCCAAGGGAUAGGAAAGUUAGUUAAUUUGAGGCAUCUAUUAAUUGGUGGGACAAGGUCAUUAAGGUACAUUCCAAAAGGAGUAGAGAGAUUGAGUUGUCUAAAGACAUUAAAUAAAUUCGUUAUUAAUGGUGAUUAUGAUGAUGGUAACAAAGCAUGCACUAGUCUUGAUUCUUUGAAGAACUUGAAACUGGGCCCAUCUUUAGAGUUAGAGUUGGUAAAUGUGAGGGAUAGUAAUGCACUUAAACUUGCAAAUUUUCAGAGUACCAAUAAUCUCCUUCAUUUGACUUUAUCAUUUCGUAUUCAGUGUAAGGAGAGAAGAGGAAAUGAGGAGAAUGUAAUGAUUAUUGAAGCAUUACAACCACCUCCAAAUUUAGAGAAAUUACGGAUAGAAUACUUUGAAGGCAAAUCCAUGUCUUUUGAUUGGAUGAUUGAUGGAAAGUAUAAAAAGAGUGGGUAA